GACACACGAGGUGCAGCCUUGAAAACGGUUUGUUAUGAUUGUAAAACUGAAGUCCAAAAGGUAGUAAUGAAGUUAAUAUUACAGAACAUUAAAUAAAACGCUUGAAUGUAGUUAUUUUGUAUAUUUAGUUAACUAAUUAGAAACACAAAGCCCGGGAAAAAAUCAGCGUUUUUUCUUCUUCUCACCUUUCCUCUAUUUUCUGUCCAAAGAUCAGAGGAAUGUUGAGCUGAUUAUCAGAAACAGGAGAAAAACUCACAGAUUUGACCUGUUUCUGUGUCCAAAGAAAUCCGUAAAAUGCUGUUUUCCGGGUUAAAAUGGUGGACUUCGAGGAGUUUAUGGAUACAUCGACUUCAUUAUGGUAUUAAUGGAGGUGGAAAAGCUAGGUAUUCCUCUUGCAGCCCGAAGGUGUGUAUUGUUGGAGGCGGCCCGGCGGGUUUCUACACAGCACAACACCUGAUAAAGGCCCGUCCGGACGUUGCGGUGGAUGUCUAUGAGCGUCUUCCCGUCCCCUUCGGUCUGGUCCGGUUCGGAGUGGCUCCCGAUCAUCCAGAAGUCAAGAACGUCAUCAACACGUUCACUCAGACGGCCCGACACGAGCGCUGCAGCUUUUACGGGAACGUGAACGUGGGGAAGGAUGUGAGCGUGGAGGAGCUGCGGGAAGCGUACCACGCCGUCGUUCUGAGUUACGGUGCGGAGGGGAACAGGAGGAUGGGGGUGCCAGGAGAGGAUCUGUCCGGUGUUUACUCUGCCAAAGAUUUCGUAGGAUGGUACAACGGGCUGCCCAGCUGCAGAGAGCUGGGUCCGGACCUGAGCUGUGAGACAGCGGUGAUUCUAGGUCAGGGUAACGUGGCUCUGGACGUAGCGAGGGUCCUGCUGUCGCCCAUCGACUUCUUAAAGAAGACCGACAUCACUCAGCCAGCGCUCGAGGCUCUGGAGGCGAGUCGGGUCCGCAGGGUGCUGAUCGUGGGGAGGAGAGGACCCACACAGAUCGCAGGAACAAUCAAGGAAAUCAGAGAGAUGGUGAAUCUGCCAAACACCAGACCGGACAUGUUGGCAGCUGAUUUUGAGGGGGUGAAAGAAUCUCUUCAAGAUUUGCCGAGGCCCAGGAAGCGUCUGACGGAGCUCAUGCUGAAGGCGGCCCUGGAGACCCCGGGAGAGAAGGAGCAAGAGAGGCGGGAAAAGGCCACCAAAGUCUGGGGCCUGCGCUUCUACCGGAGCCCCGUGGAGAUCCUGGCCGACCCUGAGCGCAGCGGCAGGACGGCGGGCAUCCGGCUGGCGGUCAACAAGCUGGAGGGCUCAGGCGAGGGGGCCCGGGCGGUGCUGACCGGAGAGGUGGAGGAUGUGACCUGUGGACUCGUCAUCAGCAGCAUCGGCUACAAGAGCCUCCCCAUCGACGCCUCGGUGCCGUUUGACUCCCGCAGAGCCAUCGUGCCCAACCACAUGGGGCGGAUUCAAGAAGCUCCAGGUCUCUACUGCAGUGGCUGGCUGAAGACGGGCCCCACUGGUGUGAUAGCAACCACGCUGAACAAUAGCUUCGACACGGCUCGCUCCGUGAUGGAGGACAUGGAGUCGGGAACGUUGAACACAACCGGUGUGAAGCUGGGAUCACAAAGCAUCAACGCUCUGCUGGAAAACAGAGGUCUGCUGCUGUCCCUUUAAUGCUUUACACUGAGUGAAACCAGUGACUUUCUCAGAGUGGGAGAAGAUUGACAGUGAGGAGGUGAGGAGGGGGGAGGCGAUCGGGAAACCCAGAGAAAAGCUGCUGACUGUGGAGGAAAUGCUGCAGGUGGCUGGAAAAUAACCUGAGUCCAGAAACCGGUUAACACUGACGACAACAUUUCGGGAUCAAUGGCAUUAUAAAGCACUCAAUACUUAAUGAAAGGUACUGCAGAUUACCCGCUUUGAGUUCAGCAUCCAAUCAAUCCAAAGCACUGAGACUUUCCUGAUGAGCAUUAAAGACAGUGCUUAGAUAUUCAACUCCACCAAUAUACUGUAUGCAUGUUAGAGGGAAACUUCAUUAUUUUUCAGUCCAUGUUUUUAAUUGGCUCGGUAUCGAGCGAGAAUUACCGUUCAUGUCUAUUGGGGAAACGUUUCUGAAAUUGAUGUUCAGGAAGAGUACUGAAGUGUCCCUUUAGAGUAAUGGCUGCUUGGGGAGCGAAUGAUAUUUUGCAAAUGUUUGCACUGAAACUUCUUUUAUAAAUAAAUCAUGAUUUCGAUCCUUC